UUUUAAAUUUACUAAAAUAUUUUUUCUUUUUAAUCAAUCAAAUGAUUGUCAGAAUAUUCAUUUGCAAAAUAUUUUUUUGUUGAUAUUGGUCAUCACAUCACAAAACGCUUAUUUUUUUACAAUACAAGAUGGCGAAGUGUGGGCGUGUGCGUGUGUUGUGUCAACGCUUGAAGAAUUUAUAAUUUUCUUUGUUUAUUUUACUAUUAUUCUACAGUUUUCCGUAUUUAUUUCUUUGCCUGACUUUUAGAUACAUGCUUUGUUUGUGUUGAAUUACGUGUUGAAUAUGGGUACAAGCACAAUGGGUAGCGAUUUGCACUCCGAUAAGCAAGAUAAACUGUUGAAGUUGCAAGCUCGGAAGAAGGAAUUAGAGCAGAUGCUGGCAGCAAAAAACGAGGAACUGUAUAAGUUAUGUGUUCAAGAAGUCCAGCUAACAGGUAUCAUGCCACCAGAGGCGCCAUUAAGUCCAGAGGUACCGAGGGAAAGAUUGGGUAGUAUAAAAAGUGUCGAGAGAUCCACAGACGGCAAUGACGUUCAAGAUGGGUCAGAUAACACAUCGAGACGUCUAAGAACUGAUCGUGCACCUGAUUCGGAUCAUAACUUGCGUAAAAAUUUGUCACAUAGAUUGUCAACCCCGUCGAUAUCAGGCAUAUCUACGAAAAGUGCACAUUCCAGACACGUUCGACGACCCGAAACCAGUUGUUCUAAUUUUUUUCCGUCUCCACCUCAAGAACGAAAUCCAGAUACUUUCUCUAUACAUACAUCACAUACUUAUCCCGCUUUGGCAGGCCGUCAUGAUUCGACAGCUGAAAAUUUAGACAUUCAACAGACACCUAUGUACAGACAUCACACUUUUACAACAGAAUACAUGAAUAAGAUUUAUUAUAGCAAUGCUCCAGAAGCUCACAGUGUCUCUCGUUUAAGAGAGACCCACUUUAGUUCCAGUCAUCCUGAUAUAGCUACACAUUACUCACAAGCAGCUAUUGCCCAACAAUCAAUGCAGCAGAAUGGUGUUCGCAAUACACCUCUACUUUAUCAAUAUGCAUCACACUUGAAGGCUCAAAGUCAGCAUUUAGGAGCUCUGGCUCAUCAUCAUCAGAUGCAAUCUCAGACAAAGCGCCGUCCAGAGGGUGUUCGUAGGAACACCUUACAGAGAACACAAACAUACCACCUUACAUCUCACAGUGAUUACAAUCAGCAUCUAGACAAUAUAACUGACACGUAUAGACCUCCAGUCCCAGCUUACCAGCAUAGGUCUCAGCCUGAUAUUCAGGAACAAACAUCUGAUAGAAUCCAUGUGCCAAUGGAAAGAAUAACUCAGGUGCCAAAUACAUUGCCUCUUCGUGAACGCAAUACUAUAAGGAAUCCAAUGCACAUGCAGCAGCUUCAAGUUUCAACUGAUGAUUAUGUGCGAGAUGACAGGCGAGUGUACCCAGAUGCUUUGAGUCCUGUUAGCCAACUGUCGGGUUAUUCGCAAGGAAAUUUUGAUUCAGUGAGUAUGAACAAGUUUUCGCCACUUUCCCAGAUGGAGUCAAAGGUGAAAGAAAAGCAAUGGUAUGAAACUUCUUUAGACUCACCAACAAAAGAAGCUGCAAUGCUGAAAAAGAGCUCUAACCUUAAGAGGACUUCAAGUGUGGGCAAUUCUCAGACUUAUGAAAUUAUGAUAUCUACAGGGAGACACUCGGCAUUGCAAAGUCCAAAUCAAGUGCCUCAAAGUCCACCUGUCUUAUCCCCCAGUGCAGUUUCCUUGGAAUCUCCAAAAAAUCUUACUGUCAUAGAACAGGGUAAAUGUAUACCUUAUAGAGAAGAGACAAAACCCUUUGAAAUGUCAGAUUUUUACAAAUAUUCUACUAAAUUCAGGCAGGCUAAUGCUCAGAAAGCACCUCCUCCUAAUCCAGUUGCCAGCAGUGGUUAUAAUAAGUUGCCAAUGGAACUGCCUCAAUAUGCACAAGAACACUGGCAUGGACAAAAUAACUAAUAACACUAUUGGGUAUAUCAUUCUGCAGCUUAUUGUUAUGUAUAUUUGCUUCUGUAUUUAUUAUUUUAAUUUGCUCACAACAUUAAUUUUGUUUAUUAGAUAUUACUGUGAAAUGUCUAAUGUUAGUUUUUAUUAUGCACUAGUUAGGGUUGUAAUAGUAUAUUAGAGCAAGGUGAGUGAUACAAUAUUACAACUCUGUGGUUCUACUGGUUAUAUGUAUGAUACAUGUUGACUCAUGACAAUAGAGGAAUUUUGAUUAGUAGAGCUGGAUUGUUUAUAGAAUUUAACCCAUGGAGCCACUGAGUUGUGUUGUACUGUCUUAUGCAUGAGCGAUUUUUAUUUUUUUAAUAGGUUUUUAAUUUCUUUUACUAUUAUUUCUGCUGGCGAAAGUAUUUAUUUGCAAAUGUGUUGGCACUUUUAUUGUGUUAAACAGUAAACAUGCAGAAAGAUGCACCCAUAAUAGGAAUUAAAUAUUGUUUUAAUUACUGUUACAACCCUAAUAAUUUAUUUUUAGCCUUAGAUACUUACAAUCCUUGAUGAUUAAUGGACUAGAUCUCUGUUUAUUGUACAAAUUGUGUUCUCUUUUGCUUCUAUUAUUAAUUGUUUAAGUACACAUUCUUGUAGCAGAUGCUACAAAUAAUAAUCUAAUACUGUACAUGUUACAUUUCGCAUACUUGUUUUUAUUACAUUAGUAGUAAGCAAGAACCUCAGCAAUAAGCAAAAAAUAAAAAAUCUCUGGAUUUUAAUAAUGCCCAGAUAGGCAUCUUCAUAUAAAUAUUAAGUGGAAUUGGAAAUUGAAAUGUUCUUUAAAAUAGGACAAUAAUUAAAUUGCUUCAUACGAAAUUAAAGUUACUGUGAUAAAUACUGAAAUAGUUUAUCAAAUAUUGACAAUACUUAUAUUAUGGCUAAUUGUAUAAAGUUUUAUUCUAGCUGAUUAAUUUCUUGUCCUUGUAUAGUGUUUGUCACUUUUUUUUCUUCUUGAUAUCAUUUAUUUAAGUACAAUGCUUACCCACCGCCGUAAGGAGAUUCAUGAUGAACCGUUCGUAUUCAAUCCAUAUUACUCGCCGUUCGUGUGAUAUGUAUGUUGCCUGAACAGAUAGCAUUUUGUUGCUGUGAUCCAUAUUAUAUAUACAUAUGCGUUUUUUUAUUGCCAAUUUUAUGCAUUUUUGUUGUCAUUAUUUUUAAGCAUCACCAUUUAUCUUGCAUUCAAAAGAAAGACUUAAAAUGACUUGCCAAGCAGUUAUGUGCCUAUAUACCUAGUUAACGCCUUAUAUUGACCAACAAAUGAAUUUAUAAAUUUUUCCAACAAUAUUAUUCAUGUUUGUACCUAAAUUGUAGCUAUUAUAAACGUAUUUGAGAAAUAUGUAUGUAACAUAUAUUUUAAUACAAUCAGUAAAAUGUAGCAAUUAGAUUGCAAAAUUAAACUGCAAAAUGUGAAAUUACGAGAAAUAUUUUUAUAUGUUGUUUAUAUAAGUAGGUAAUUUAAUUAAUAUGUGCAGAAAGCACUUUUUUAUGUGAAUCUAAUAAAGUUUUAGAGUAUUUUAUAGUUUAGAUUAA